AUGGAUACCGAGAUGACCAACGGAACAGAGAACACGAUGGUUCCCAGAAUUUGCUUGAACGACAUCCUCGGCCCCAGGUUCGAGCCUCACCGAGCCCGCCUGGUGAGGCUACUAGGUACGAGAGAUGUCUUGCGCCUUAGCCAAACGUGUCGAGAAGUCCAGCAAGCCUUCAGGUCGCGGGAGUGGAAUAUUAAUAGCAGACUGGCACGGUUCUUCGACGACCCAAGAGCAUUCCGUGCCGAAAUCGGUCAUUGCAAUGCCUUGAUUACUGGAAGCUUCGUGUUGGAGUUCUUCGCGCGAACCGUUUCGCCAGGAGACCACCUCAAGAUACUGGUACAGAAGGGGCAGGACGCAGAUAGGCUGGAAGCCUGUUUCCUUAGUGUUGGAUAUCAACUCACCAACGUCAACUCUUCGUUUGAAACGCAGGAACGCACUCUCAUCAAGCACGGCACCAAUGGUGCCGUCACCAUACUCUACCUUUACAUGUCCGGCACAAAGAUACCCCUCGAUCCUGUCUUGAAUAGCCCCACGUCAGACAAUGUCAACUUUAUCUCGUGGAACAAAGCCAUAUCAGUAUACGCUAAAUUGACCUUUGUCAAACACGACUCUGUCCUUUUGGCUCCGCGGGACAUGGUGUCUGAAGGUCACCUUGAUUGGCUGGGUCGCCAUGGCUGGAGGAUGCAAACAAGAAUAUCAGCAGUUCGAAAGGACCUGGCAGAUUUCACGCAGCAGCGUUCAGACACGGUGGCUGUAGGUCACCGAAGGGUCGGGGAUAUUCUCUGCUGGACGAUGCCUCUGGACACGACAUCGGUCGUACGACCAUCGGUGCCUGCUUUCGUCCUCGAAUCGUCCAGACUGGCAAUAACGCCUCCGCCUGCCAUUCGACCCAAUGAGCUCUAUGGUUCUUGGAGUGCUUUCAACGAAGGCGAACAUUUCACCAUCCAUACGAAAACACUUAGUUCUCAUGUACUCCGCUACAAAUACACGUUCGGCUACACGGACCGCGACGACGGCAAGUAUUUUACACCUUGGGAAGAGGUCCAAGGCCACUGCAAUAUAUCUCUGCUUGGACAGUUGUGGAAACUCGGUGCCAACGAACGUAAGAGACUCACAGACGGCAAAACGCCAGCCGAAGUGCUCUCACAUCUGAACGUUCAUGAACUCGACAAGCCAGAAGGGUGGGAUUAUUUCGACGACGAGCUCACCGACCUCAUUGAAAGGCUGUGGCGUCAAAUGAUCGGACGCAAUCGAUAUCCGACAGUACCGAUGUGA